AUGGCCAUCGGGUUGAAUCAGACAAACUUGUUCCAACCCAUUCACGUUGGUAACAUGAAGCUGAAUCAUAGAAUCGCUUUUGCUCCUACAACAAGACUCCGUGCUACAGAUGACCAUACUCCAAGCGACUUGAUGCUGCGGCACUAUUCUGAUCGAGCACAGACUCCUGGCUCUUUAAUCAUUUCAGAAGCCACCUUGAUCUCUCUUCGUGCUGGUUUAUACCCCAAUAUCCCUGGCAUUUGGAAUGACAAUCAGGUUCAAGCAUGGAAAAAAAUUACAGAUGCGGUACAUGCAAAAGGAAGCUUCAUGGUCUGUCAACUCUGGUUCGCAGGAAGAGUCGGGUCCCCAGAACUUUUAAAAAAACAUGGUUUGGAUUUGGUUUCCUCCUCUGCUCUCUAUGAUAGCGAAGAUUCCAAAAAGACAGCAGAAGCCGUAGGCAAUCCUGUCAGAGCAUUAACCGAAGAAGAAAUUAAAAGUAUCAUUUAUGAAGAUUACAAGAACGCAGCCGUCAACGCUAUAAAUGGCGGGUUUGAUUGCGUGGAACUUCAUAGUGCUCAUGGAUACCUACUUGAUCAAUUCUUACAGCCCGCAGCAAAUCAAAGAACAGAUAACUAUGGCGGUUCUAUUGAGAACCGUGCAAGAAUAAUACUGGAAAUUAUCGAUCUUUUAAGUGAGACAAUUGGCUCUGAAAGAGUUGCAAUCAGAUUGUCCCCUUGGGCCAAAUUUCAAGGAAUGAAAGCAGAAAAAGAUACCGUGCAUCCUAUAACCACUUUUAGUUAUUUGGUGAAUGAACUUCAAAAGCGUGCAAACAAUGGUAAACAGCUUGCUUACCUUUCGGUGGUUGAACCUAGGGUAAAUAAUAAUGUAGAUGUAAACUUAGCUGACAUUGCUGGUUCCAACGACUUCAUAAAGCAGUUGUGGAAAGGAAAUGUUUUGCAAGGCGGCAAUUACACCUACGAUAAACCAGAAUUUAAGUCUUUAAAAGCUGAUGUGGAUGGUGACAACCGCACUAUGGUCGCAUUUUCGAGAUAUUACACGUCAAAUCCGGAUUUAGUCGAUAGACUUAUGAAGGGUCUUGAACUUUCCCCUUACGUCCGUUCCCUAUUUUAUGCUCCAUACAACUAUGGGUAUAAUACAUUCCCAAACUUUGAUGAGGAGUUACAGUAUGACCACGAAACGGAGAAGGCAAGACGCCCUGCUUCUUUGAUUUAA